CUUCUCCUUCUCCUAUCAUCCGCUCCUCUUAUCCUGCACGCUUACCUUGACCGACUCUCACCUGCUCAUCCAACGAUGUCUUCGCCAGAAGAGGAUUAUAAUGACGGCGAUAUCUCCGCCCAGAAUGCGAAGAAGCGCAGGAUCCAGCGCGCGUGCGAUAUGUGCAGGCGCAAGAAAAUCCGAUGCGAUGGCGCGCAAAUGCCCAACAACCGUUGUUCCAACUGUGUAUCCUAUCGUCUGGAGUGCACGUAUAUUGAGGCUGCGAAGAAGCGCGGGCCCCCUAAAGGUUACGUCGAGUCCCUCGAGACCCGAUUAGAGAAGAUGGAGAGACUACUCAACAAGCUCUGUCCCAAUGCCGACUUCACGAAGGAGUUGGGCGGCUCCUUUGACAAAGACGGGUGGUUGACCGACCGCAAUGGCGAGCCCUCCAGCGCCACCACUACCAAGCCCGCAUAUUCCAUUCCUGCCAAUCCCACACAACAGUCUGCUAUCGCAUCUCCGCCAGCGCUCUCGCCCUCCGCCCAAGUUGAGUCGGAUGAUCUAGACCCUAGCGACGACGAGAUUGUCGCACAGCGAAACAUAGUCCAGAGUCUCCGCAAGAUGUCGAUGAACCCGAGCAGCAUGCGGUACCACGGCAAAUCCUCGAGCUUACUCUUCAUCCAGACCGCGAUGGACCUCAAGCAAGAGUAUGCCGGGCUCGAGCUGCCCAAGACGGUCGACCCGGACACGCACCACACACUGCUGCGUAGGCGGCACCAGCAGUACUGGAGCUUGCACCCCUGGUUGACGUCCAACGUACAAGACGAGCACGCGCCGCACAAGGACUUCCCGCCCCCGGACCUGUUCGAGAAGCUCAUCGACCUCUAUUUUAAGAACAUGAACGACUACAUGCCACUCCUCCAUCGGCCGACGUUCGAGCAAGGCGUCAAGGAGGGCCUCCACCUGCAUGACGAGGGCUUCGGGUCGACCGUGCUGCUCGUGUGCGCGAACGGCUCGCGGUUCACGAACGACCGGAGGGUCCUCCUGGACGACACUCAGAUACCUCAGUCCGCAGGGUGGAAGUGGUUCCAGCAGGUGCAGAUGGUGCGCAAGUCGCUGCUCGCCCCUCCGCGCCUGUACGACCUCCAAAUAUACGCGCUUACGGCAGGCUUCCUGCAAGGGACGUCCGCCCCGCAGGCGUGCUGGACGAUCAUUGGCGUCGGCAUUCGAAUGGCGCAGGACGUCGGUGCACACAGAAAGAAGGUGUACAGUUCCUCGCCCACGAUCGAGGAGGAGCUCUGGCGGCGCGCGUUCUGGGUCUUAGUCGCCAUGGACCGGGCGGUGAGCUUUGGGCUGGGACGGCCGUGCGCCAUUCAGGAUGAAGACUUCGACAUCGACCUGCCGACAGAGUGCGACGACGACUACUGGACGAACCCCGAUCCUGAGCUGGCGUUCAAGCAACCGCCCGGGCAGCCGUCAAAGGUCGCGUUCUUCAAUUGCGCCCUCCGCCUGCACCAGAUUCUGGCGUUCGCCAUGCGCACAAUCUAUUCGAUCAACAAGUCGAAGGCGCUCCUCGGCUUCGUCGGCCAACAGUGGGAGCAGCACAUCGUCGCCGAGCUCGACUCUGCCCUCAACAAGUGGAUCGAUUCCGUGCCUGACCACCUGCGAUGGGACCCAACCCGCGAGAAUCUGCUGUUCCUGAACCAGUCCGCCAACUUGUACGCAAACUACUACCAGUUGCAAAUCGCUGUCCACCGGCCGUUCAUACCCUCGCCGCGGAAGCCGUCUCCGCUGUCAUUCCCGUCGCUCGCAAUCUGUACCAACGCAGCGCGAAGCUGCAUCCAUGUGUUGGACGUGCAGUAUAAGCGCUCGGGGAUGCCGAUGUACUCGAACCAGAUGGCGCUGUUUACUGCUGGGAUCGUGUUAUUGUUGAACAUCUGGGGCGGGAAGCGUUCUGGGCUGUCGACAGAUCCUGCGAAGGAGAUGGCGGACGUGCACAAGUGCAUGAAGAUGCUUCAAACGCUCGAACCUCACUGGCAUACAGCUGGACGGUUAUGGGAUAUUCUGUACGAACUGGCGUCUGUCGGUGACCUCCCUCUGCCGCAAGCAUCUCCAACCCCAAAUCACAAGCGCGAACGCGACGCGGAUAGCCCUACCUCCUGCGUCUCCGUAACAUCCAACGCAUCUCGAUCUCAAACAGUGCUGGACGGGCCCCGCACCAUUGCCGGCAGCAGACGCGUGUCGAAAGAUGUAUCCAAAGAUGCCCCAUCCCUCGCAGCAUCGACGUUUGCGCAGCCCCUUCCGCGCCCGCAGCCUUCAGUCCCUUCGUCCUCCGAUUCCGAGAUGCCCUCAGCUACAAGUUCUCGCUCGUCCACUGCAAAUGGCAAUGGAAGCGCAGCUGGUCCCGCGACUACAAGCUUUGUGCUCCCGGUGCACACGGACGAGCUCGGCAGGCUGCCUCUCCACCCCGGCUUGGACGCGUCGUACUCCGAUUGGCCGCAGCACGCACAACAGCGACAAGAACAGCAGCUGGCCGCUGUAUCCCCGCGCGCAGGCAUGAGUAGUGCGCAGUUCGACCCGCGCGCAAUGCCGAUGUACACGCUCCAGCCAGCAUCGUUCAGCGAGAUGAUCAACGCUGCGGCGUCAGAGCCGUCUGCCUUCACGCAAAUGCCUUCAGAGAUGCACCUGGCGCCGACAAUCACACCUGGGACUGCAGGUGCUGCGCAGGGGUCGAUGGCGCAAGGGCCGCCUAUAUCGUCAGAGGAGAUGGCCUUCACGGACAACACGCUGGCGAUGUGGUCGAAUGCGCCGACGUCGUUCGAAUGGGACGACUGGGGCACUUACAUCAAUAACGUCAGUGGGAUGCACAACCCUCCCGGGUCUGCAGUCCCUCCUCCAGGACACGGUCAGACGUGAAAGCAGAAGACGCGACUUGACGACAUGCAUGUAUCGACGAUACGCUAUUCAUUACCAUAUUAUCCCAACUAGACCCUCAGUUUGCCCUUGUCACUCUUCUUUCCGCCGUAUAACACACCUUAGCUUUGUCCAGUCAUGUCCCCUCCCCGUCGCCGUCGCUCCUGCGAUCUCGCGUUGUAUAUCUGUAGCUAUAGAUACCCGUUCGGGAGUAUGUGCUAUCCGCCCCUGUUCGCUAUCGUCGCACGCUACUCGUAGUCCGUGGCCUCGGUUUGUUUGUCUCCUUUGUCUGUCGCCGUCUGCCUCUGUCUAGCCCAUGUCCAUGCCAAUGUAACA